AUGGUAAAAUAUCAUUUUCAAGGCUUAAGUGAUAAUAAAGUCAAAGAAAAUAGAGAAAAAUAUGGAAGUAAUACAUUACCACCAGUAGAGAUUGAAUCAUUUUUUAGUAAAUUGAUGGAGAAUUUUCAAGAUCCAUUGAUUCAUAUUUUAUGUGUAGCAUUAGUGAUCACGGUGAUCUUAUCAUUUGUAGGAUAUGCGGAAUGGUUUGAGGGUGUUGGUAUUGCAUCAGCAGUAUUUUUAGCAACAUUUGUAUCAACCUAUAGUGAAUAUAAGAAUGAGAAUUCAUUUCAAGAACUUCAAGAGAAAGCAUCAAGAGUGAAAUGUAACGUUUUUAGAAAUGGAUCACACAUUUCCGAAGUCUAUGGAUUCGAUGUUGUAGUUGGUGAUUUAGUACUCCUUCAAGCGGGUGAUAAGAUUCCAGCAGAUGGUCGUUUAGUUGCAGGCGAACUUCACGUCAAUCAAUCGACCCUCAAUGGAGAACCACACCUCGAAAAGAAGAUUGUAGCCCCAGAAAACUAUGAACCAACCACCAGAAACGAUUUCUUGGAUCAUUAUCUAUGUUUUAGAGGUACAGUGGUCGAGGAUGGUGAAGGUGUACUCUUGGUGUCAGCCGUUGGUUCAUCAACGCUCUAUGGUGAACUCGCUAUUGAACUUUCAAAAGCCGAUGAAAGAGAAUCCCCACUUCAAAUUAAAUUAUCAAAUUUAGCCGAUGGUAUUAGUACCAUUGGUUAUAUUGGCGCUGGUUUCAUUGUUAUUAGUUUCCUCUUUAAACAAUUUGUUAUGGAUAACAAUUACAAUUGGUCCGAAAUCUCAACUUACAUUUCAAAUUAUCCAAUCGUUCUAAAAGAUAUUGUAAAUUCUAUCACCUUGGCCAUCAUUAUCAUUGUAGUUGCAGUUCCUGAAGGUUUACCAAUGAUGAUUGCAAUCGUUUUAUCCUUAAACAUGAGAAAGCUUUUAAAAGCAAAAGUUUUAGUACGUAAAUUAUUAGGUAUUGAAACUGCUGGUAGUUUAGAUAUUCUUUUUGUUGAUAAAACUGGUACACUUACAAAAGGUAAAUUUAUUCCAAGAACUUUUAUUUCUGGUUCAGCUCAUACUUAUAAAGGUUUUAAUCAAAUUCCAAAAGAAUUAAGAGAAGUUUUAUCAUUUACAGUUAGAGAAUCAACAUCAUCAGUUAUUGGUGAAGAUGGUCAAAUUGUUGGUGGUAAUGCAUCAGAUAAAGCAUUAUUACAAUUUUUAGAUAAAGAAUCAUUAUUAGCAGAUUAUCAAGUUAAAGUUGAAAAAGAGAUACUUUUCCAUUCAGAGAGAAAAUAUUCAGCAGCAUUAUUAAAGGUACCAUUAAGUGGUGGACCAACUGGUAAAGCACCAAAAGGUAUUGUAACUUGUUCACAUAAAUUAAAGAAUGAUGAAAGAUAUGUUGAGAUCACUUGUUUAAAGGGAGCACCAGAGAUUGUAUUAAAUCGUUGUACCUCUCAUUUCAAUGAGGAUGGUCAUAUUGAACCAAUUCCAGAUAGUGUCGGUUUAACCAAUUCAAUCAAUAGUCUCUCUGAACAAGGUAUUCGUGUUAUUGCAGUUGCUGUUUCUCGUGAACCAUUGGUUGAAACUGAAACCCUUCCUAAUAGUCUUAUUCUCGUUGGUAUCGUUGGUGUUUACGAUGAAAUUCGUGAAGAAUCUCGUUCAUCCAUUCAAACAGCUCGUUCCGCAGGUAUUCAAGUAGUUAUGAUCACUGGUGAUAAAAAAGAAACUGCCAUUGCCGUAGCUCAUCAAAUUGGUUUAAUCUCUCCUGGUGAAGAAUCUCAACCAGGUGUCGUUCUCACUUCAUUUGAGUUACAAAAUUUAUCUGACAAUAAAUUGGCCAAUAUGCUUCCACAUCUUCGUGUGGUUUCAAGAGCACUUCCAUCCGAUAAAGUACGUUUUGUUAAUGUAGCUCAAUCACUUCAUAAAGUGGUUGGUAUGACUGGUGAUGGUGUCAAUGAUUCAGCUGCUCUCAAACAUGCCGAUGUUGGUUUCGCUAUGGGUUCAGGUUCAGAGGUUAGUAAAGAAGCUGCCGAUAUUGUAAUUCUCGAUGAUAAUUUCGCCUCAAUCACUCAAGCCGUUCUCUAUGGUAGAACCAUUUACAAAUCCAUUCAAAAGUUUAUCGUUUUCCAAUCUACAAUCAAUGUCGCCUCAACUCUUAUCGUAUUCUUGGGACCAUUUAUGGGCUUUGAUUUCCCGUUAACUUUAAUUCAAUUGUUAUGGGUUAACUUGGUAAUGGAUACUUUGGCUGCUCUCGCAUUUGGUGGUGAACCAGCACUCACUCGUUACAUGCAAGAGAAACCAAUCAAAAGAGAUCAAUCCAUUAUCACCAGUAGAAUGUGGGGUUCAAUUUUAGGUGGAGGUCCUUUCAUCUCUGCAAUGUCUAUUCUUUUCCUUACCAAUGACUAUGUUGAAGCUUUCUUCACUCGUAAUGGUGAACCAUAUCAACCAGCUUUCUUGACUGCAUUUUUUGCAUUUUUCAUUUUCCUCUCUGUCAUCAAUGCCUUUAACGUUCGUACUAGCCGUUUGAAUCUCUUUGAUCAUUUGUUUGAUAAUAAAGGUUUCAUUGUAGUUGUGUUUUUCAUUUUCUUUGUUCAAAUCGUUUUCACCUAUAUUGGUGGUAAGAUUCUCAGAACCGUUGGUCUCACUUCCAGUGAAUGGGCUUUGGUUGUAGCAAUGUCCUUCUCAGUAAUACCUUUUGACCUCAUUAGAAAGUUUGCCUUAAAUUUAUUUCUUUUCAAAUCAAAGAAAAAUAUCAAUAAAACCGAUUAA